AUGGGAAAGAGCUCCAACGACCGUGAGGCACAGCGGUCCGAGAGGCUUCAGGCGCGGAAAGAGAGACGCCAGGCCAGUUAUCCAAAUCAUGACCCGCAAGAUAUGGAUGAUUUACCGUCAGCCUCUCUAAGCGCCCAGCCGGUUUCUGAUGUCCUCAGCAGCAUCCAUCCAAUGGGAGGUGCCAUGGAUAAACUCCUUCGAAAUAAAGAUACUGUUGAGCAGUUUUCCAAUAUAGUAGGAGUCAUCGCGCAUCUAGCACACAAUAUGAAGAAAAUUGGCCUCGAACCCGAGAUUGACAGUGCUAAACGAAUCAAGGAGCUUGACACUGCUCUUAGGGAGUCGCACAGGGUCACUUCGGAGGACAUGGAGAAAAAUAAAACAGAACGUCAACGCCUUGAUAGAGACUACGAGGAGCUAGACAGGAGGAAGCAUGAGUUUGAACAAGAGAAAGAUCAAAGUGCAAAAAUGUUAGAGCUCCACAAAGCCUCCCUGGCGCAAGAACGUGAAAGCAUGGAAGUGGAGAUGAAAGAAAAGGCUAAAAAGCAGGUGGAGGCUCAAGUUGCCCAGUACCGAAGGGACACUGAAGACAAGAUUCGGAAGCUGGAGAGUAACAAUUCCCGUUUGAAUGCAGAAGUCAGUAAGAUGGAAGCCUGCCAACUUGCCCUAGAAAAACAGAGAAGGAUUGGGGAAAUGGCGUUGGAGAGAAAUUUGCAGCUCGAAGAGCAGCUGUCGGAAUACAACGCGAGGCUACCAAUUCAGUCAGCAGAUAUCACUGACCUGAAGACGCAAUUCGAACAGCUCUAUCAUUCCAUCCAGGCCAUCACAACUACCUAUGUAGCAAAACUGCCACAGGAAGCAUUUCAGAGCUUCAGGUACGCAGGGAGCGUCAGUGAGAGUCACGCUGUGUUUCGAAACAUCCCCAUCUCCGCCUCCCCGAUAUCAGAAUUUCUCCGAACUCGCGCCGCUCAAUCUCUUAUCUCACGCCGAAUAUGCGAAUCGCUAUGGAAACCUUUCGGCUCCAGAGCCCUAGAGGGCAUGGUCUCCUCCAGUUCAGCGACACUUCGGGCCCUGUCCGAUGCCGGUCGACUGUUAGAUCCAAAGCUCGAAACUGCAUGGAGGGCCCUCACGUACAAGAUCAUCGACUCUCUGGCUAACACAGAGGUCGACCUGAUCGUGCAGCGGGCAACAGAGGACAUCUCUAGAUUUCUCGAGAGACAAGUUGAGCCUCAGUACUUCCAAAAAUUCAGAGACUCCCUUUUAACCAUCUUUCAGGAUGGGGCUAGGCUAUGGGGCGUUAUUCGGGUUGACUACAUGCAAGUGUCUAUCUCAUUUCCGGACGACGAGAGUAGGGUUGGAUGGGUAUCCCAUGAUUUUCCAGACAGUCAAGCUUGCCCCAUUAACGAACAGGGCUUCAAGACCCUGUGCUUGUUUCCAAGAAUUGAAGUCUUGUCUGGGAACAAUGAAUGGGCGGAGCUAUGUCCUGGCCAGGCGCUCUUCUCAGAUUCUUCCGCUUUGGCAGAAGGUGCGAAAGAAUUAGACAACCAGAAAAGCUAUUUGGACCGACUCUACCAACAGAUGGCGUCCGCAAAACCUAUAGUAACCAGCGAUUUUGAAACAGGCUCCCUAAAGGAAUGA